GACGUUUUAAAAUCAAUACAAACCUCAGGUUGGAGAGCGCUGAAGAGGUGAAGGUUUCCUUUAAAGUCCCCCUCCUCCCGCCCUCCCUUUUUCCUCCCAGACACACUUACCAGCACGCUGUUCUGUUCUCGCCCCUACAUUCCUUUCCACUCUUGCUUAGUUCAUAAAAUCUCCUUGUUCACCUGACAACGCUGCUCUUACCAGAUGACAUUUGAAAUGAGGAGAGGUAACUUCGUAAACUCUUCCUUUGAGAGCUGAACUCGUUUGGCAAUGCUGCAGCCCCCUCUCUGAUGAGACAAUGAGAACCCACACACGUGGGGCCCCUACAGUCUUCCUCUUAAGUUUGCUGUUGCUCCUCCUGCCUCUGACUGCAGCAGACCCAAGUGGAGGAAUCCCCUUCAUGGGAGGCAACUACAAUGGCCACCCAAUGCUGUAUUUCGAUCAGGCAGACGUUGUAGAGCUUCAGCUGGCGGCUGGAAGCACUCAUAAGGAGAUGGCAAGACGGAUCCGCGAAGCCGGGGAAACCAUGCUUGAACGCCCAGAAGAGUACCUGCCUCCCUGGAGCCCCACAGAAUUCAGCGCCCGAUGGAAUGAGAUUUACGGAAACAAUCUGGGUGUGCUGUCCAUGUUCUGUCUGCUGUAUCCACACAGAACUGGAGCACUUGAAUUGGCCAAGGACUACAUGGAGAGGAUGGCAGCUCAGCCUAGUUGGUUGGUUAAAGAUGCCCCCUGGGAUGAAGUUCCUGUGGCACACUCUUUGGUUGGGUUUGCCACUGCUUAUGACUUUCUGUUUGAAUACUUGAACAAGGACCAACAGGAGCGAUUUCUCCAGGUGAUUGGCAAGACAUCUCAUCUCAUGUAUGAGAAAUCCUAUAGUCGUGGCUGGGGAUUUCAAUACCUACACAACCAUCAGCCAACUAAUUGCGUGGCUUUGCUCACAGGAAGCCUGGUUUAUAUGACUCAAGGUUAUUUACAGGAAGCUUACCUUUGGACCAAACAAGUCCUGUCCAUCAUGGAGAAAUCUAUGGUUCUUCUUCAAGAUAUCACAGACGGAUCCCUGUAUGAAGGGGUGGCAUAUGGGACUUACACAACACGCUCUCUGUUCCAGUAUAUGUUUCUGGUGCAGCGCCACUUUUCCAUAAGCCACUUCGACCACCCCUGGCUCCAAAAACACUUCAAUUUCCUAUACAGGACCAUCCUUCCAGGAUUUCAGAGAAGUGUCGCCAUUGCUGAUUCCAACUACAAUUGGUUUUAUGGACCAGAAAGUCAGCUGGUCUUCUUGGACCGUUUUGUAAUGCGUAAUGGUAGUGGGAACUGGCUGGCCAAUCUAAUUCAUCAAAACAGAGUGACAGAUGGAGUAGGACAAGCUGGCAAGGGCCAGCGAUGGUGUACUCUUCACACAGAAUUCAUCUGGUAUGACCCGAGCCUUAUUCCGAAGCCUCCAUCCGAUUUUGGGACAUCUCAGCUCCAUUAUUUUGAGGACUGGGGCGUUGUAACCUAUGGCAGCGCUUUACCUGCUGACACAAACUGCUCUUUUCUUUCCUUCAAAUCAGGGAAGCUGGGGGGACGUGCAAUUUUUGAUAUUGUUCACAAGAACAAAUACAAAGAAUGGAUUAAAGGGUGGAGGAACUUCAAUGCUGGCCAUGAGCAUCCUGAUCAAAACACUUUCACCUUUGCACCCAAUGGGAUUCCAUUCAUCACUGAGGCACUAUAUGGACCCAAAUAUACUUUGUUGAAUAAUGCAGUCUUGUUUGGUCCAGCCCUCGCAGGUAGUUGUUUUCAGCCAUGGGCUGGACAGGUAACAGAAGCUUGUGACUCAAAAUGGUUGAAAUAUAAGGUGGGGCCUGCUGCUGAUUCUCAGGGGAAAGUUGAAGCUGCCAUGGAGAGACAGGGGAUGGUCUUCAUUCGUGGCGAAGGACAUUCUGCUUAUAGUCCAGAUCUAAAAAUCCGAAACUUCCAGAGAAACCUCCUCCUCCUUCAUCCACAGCUCUUACUUCUGGUGGACCAUAUUCAUUUGCAUCCUGAGAGUCCAUCCAGGGCAAUGAGCACUUUCUUUCACAAUACAGACCUGCCAUUUAAAGUUAUAAAAGUAGACAAUGUUCAUGGAGCAUGUGUAUCUCACAAUGAAGACCAAUAUAAAAUGUUAUGGAUGGAUGACAGAGGUCACAGUAAUGGAGCAGUAGUAGGUUACUGGGGUUAUCCACGGGGGUAUCCAUAUAAUGGCUCCAAUUAUGUGAAUGUCACAAUGCGAUUAAGAUACCCUCACACCCGAAUAGCUUACAUUUUCUUUGGACCAGGUGUGACUCUCACCAGCUUCAGCCUGCGCGGUGAUGACCAAAGAGUGGAUAUUCACCUGACCACCAAGGAGCACACCUACACAGUCUACCUGCUGACUGGUGAAGUUAUCAGCAAACCUCUUUUUGCCACGGUAAUGAUGAACCAAAAGAAGAUUGUAUUUGAGAAAAUGCUAGCUCCAGUGGACAGCUCACCUGUGGAAGUAGAGGAAUAUGUCAACAUGAUGGAGGGCAACCUCCAGCUUGUCAAACCAGUCUUCCAGCAGAUGGAACGACAUAUACUCGGAAAGGUUCUCAAUACUGAGAGCUUCCAUAAGACUGCAGAACGCCCGCUACAAUUCUCUGAUAAAAAGAAAACAGAAGAGGCCAUUGAAAAGAUGUUUGCAUUGUCCAAUAAACAGGGAAAGUACAAGGUGGGAAAAAAAAUAAACCUUGGGGAGAGUCUCUCCGAGAAUUUGCCUGACAUUUUUACACAGAUAGAGGUCAGUGAAAAUAAAGCGAGACAGAGGACAUAUAAGCGUGUCUAUGAGGACAGUCCAGAGGAGGGUGACACAGACUCUCUAGCCUUUCUAGAAUAUGCCGACAACCACAAAAACAGAAAUGACGGCUUUGUAAAAGGCCAAAAAUUCAAAGAGGUAAAUAUGUUGAUAACGACUGAGAGGGACCGCAUUUCCAGCACAGCCUCUUCCAUAAGACUGUUUCUCCUCUUGAAUACUGCCACCUUCUUCCUACUACUGGCUGUCUUAUUGAGUCGCUUUCACAGGGGUCGAAGCAUACAAACACAGAGAUGCUUUUAUACCGUCCUUAUGAUUGACUGCUUGAUCUUGCUUUGUCUUUACUCAUCCUGCUCUCACGUGCAGUGUUGACAUCAUGAGUGUAAUUGUUCACAUGCAAAUACAGGUCAGUUUGAUCUAAUUUAAUCAAUAACUGUAAAGACCUGGCUAAUUGAAUUUCCUCUUGAAAAUCAAUUAAAUUUUCAUAUAUAGGUAAUUGAACUACUGCCAGUUAUCUAUGAAAAGGUCAAUUAUUUCUUAGGAAAAAAAAAGAAACAUAUCCUCAACUAAUGCCAACACAUCUUCACUGUUAGGUGUCUGAAUUGAAGUAAAUGAUUUUCAACGUGCUUUUUGAAGAUGAUAAUUAUCUUUUUGGAUAUAAUGUGUAAGAUUUUUCUCUUGUUGCUUAACCCUAGAAGUACCCAAGACACCCAAAUCCUCUUUUAAAAGUUAAUGUACUAACUAAAUUAAUCAGUAAGCAUCAAAGGAAGACAAAAACAUCACAUUUGAAAAAAAUUACUAAUUUACGUCUUGUUUAGAUAAAUGGUCACAUAUGACCCACCUUGACUACCAAAAAACAAUGCAUUUAAUGCAGACACAUUUGAGACAUUGGGCUUUAAAGGUAAAAAGAGUAACUGUGGUGUGUUGUGUUGAUACAGUGGUCCCUUAAUUACACUGGGUCAAUGUGACCCCAUGGGUUCUCUCGGGUUAAUAUGCAGUAAGUUACCACUCAUUGACUGUCUGAGUGUGAGUGCUAAUAGUGUCUGUAUGUACCCUGCAACUGACUGGCAUCCAGCUCAGUUUCGCCCGAGUAAGCUAGGAUAGAUCCUAUAACCCUGUGACCCUGAACAGGACACAGUAAAUGCUAUUGAGAAGGUAUCAAUGGAUCCUUAAUAUACCUUUUCAAAUGCAUCUUUGGCUUCAGAACUACUUACUUUUCUGUUCUUUUACAAACAGUCCUUCUCUGCCACUCAAGCUUUCCUUACCAUUAAUGCCACUGGAGAGAGCUUCAUUAUAUUGUUGCAAUACACCAGUGGGAUGUGUGACCUGAACUGCCAGGUUGAGACAAUCAUUUUGUAUCCACACCAUAGCAGACAGAAAAACACAUUAUUGUGAGAUAUGUAUGAAUUUUUGAAUGUGUGGGAACUGUUUGUCUUUACUAUUAUUACAAUUGUACAAAGAUGAGUGUAAUGACUUUAAUGAGUAGUUAGGAUCAUUUAUCUAUCCACAGUUACAAAGGCAGGAUACAAUAUGUAAAUUUUGCAAUUCAAUUUUUUUAAUGAAGCUUUUUGUCUUUACAGUUGUGCAAGAAUGUAUUUCAAUGUGUGAACACCAUUUGCUCUGUCAAUAAGGAUCGCCUUGAGCCUUUACGAUGAAUUUAAGGAUUUGAAUUAUCAUCCCAACACACAUUUACAUGAUGUGGCAUGAACUUUGGUACUCCAGGUCCCAGAGUCGCUCAAUAAGUCUCAAAACUUGUGAAUUAUAAAUAGGAUAACGAAAUUUCAUCAAAUGAAACAUGACAAAAUAGUUAUUAAAAUACAAUGUAUGCAAAAGUGCAAAUGCAGAAAGGAUUUUGAUGCACUAACAUUCAGUCACCAUAGGCUUGAAUUCCUCCUUAUGUUUACAUGAUGUUUCUAUGGUCCUUGUACUUGAAAUAAAUAAAGUGUUCAUCAUAUAGGGAUGAAUUUCCUUGGA